CCAACCCUGCCAGAAUCUCAAUGAGAACUUUGGGGCCUUUUUUUUUUUGGUUUCUUGCAGGUGUUAUAUGUUUUUGAAAGGAAGCAAAGGAGACAGCUGCAGGUUUUGAACACUUGGCUGCUGCUGGAGGAAACUUCCUGCCAUGGCUGUUCUGUUUGGGGUUCUUGGCUUGCUGGUGUCCGCCUGCCUUGGUUUUCCUUCUCAGAGCGCUUCCAAUGGCCGUCCUCUCAAGGGUAAAGAUUCCAACCAUAGCUACGUGAGGCUCCUUGAUCCUCACACCCUCAACCAGUUUAAUUACAAAGCUCCUUUGGACGCAGUGGGCGCUCCGAAAGUGGGAAUGCCGGAAAAGUGGCACCAUAGUCCUGAGAGAGAAGCCGUCCAUAACCAGAUAGAGGAGAAGGAACCCAACUCCCAGCAUCCGUUGGACCUUCUCAUCAAGCAGCACACCCCAGAAACGUCAGUGGAGGGCAUCAGUUUUCCUCACAUCAGCCAUUUCAAGAGACUUGUAGAAGGCAUGAAGAACUCGUUCCUGACUCCCGGGAAGGAUUUGAUGCACUUCCAGACAGCGGGGGAACUUCUUCUGAAUGAAUUAGCUUCGGGUCUGGCCAUGAAACCUACGGACGGGUCUGUCGACCAUGAGGACAAUGACGUCUUGCAAGGACCAAACCAAAAGGGUGUAGGACUCUCUCCCAGGAUGCAGAAAACAGGAAAUGUUAAACGCUACCCUGGGAAAAAACUGCACACGUUUUGGUCCAAAGAUCGACAGCUUCCUGACCAAACCUCGUUAAGUAGUCAAGAAGUGCGCCCUGUAGCCAAUGCAAGUUCUACCAAGGUUCCUGGCCCCCUGUCCCAACAAAACACUCCAGCUUUGGGCUCCUACGGCAAAAGUGUCAAAGUCAAACCCCAAAGAGAACCUGUAGCCUCAUGGGUCUACAUGCCAGAUGGACGCCAGAAGACCACCGGGGAGCCGGUGACCGCCAAAAAAUCUGGAGUCGCAAAAGUCAGCCCUGUGGUAGUCCAGCCGGCACAAGCACAUGGAGGGAACGUCCAAGCAAGCAAGUUGAAACCUUCCGUUUACGGUUCAAGCAUGCAUAAAGGUAUUCUACAAGAUCAUCCACGGCGUCUGUAUUCCUCCAAGAACCUUGCUCAAGAAACCCGGAAACCGCAACCUAACAUUCCUCAGAGGUUUGGUUCUCCAAGCGCGUCCCGGAAUACUGUCCCUGUGCGUGGCGGCGUGGGUAAACCCUCUAACGGCGUGAUUGCCGCACCGCAAGGUGCUCAAGCCGCCAUGCGGCGUACGUUGCUGAACUCCAAGCGCACCUAUCAACUUCCUGUUCCGCAAUGGCCGAUGGCAGGGUUCCAAAGGAGACUUUCUGUGUUCCUGGACCCAAAGAAGACAUCCGUCCAAAGGUCCAGGAGCAGCUACGAGAGGAGUCAAGUAACGCACUCCAGCAGUAGCUACUCGCCACACUAAGGUACCCCGUUGUUCACAUGUUUG